UCGAAACACAUUUGCUUUUUUGGAACAACUUUUGUCAGUUUCUCGAGUUUUAAGAUUCUGGGUAUGUCGGAACAACUCGUAACUUCCGAGGUUUCAUCGCCGGAGGAUUGUCGCAGGGAAGAAGAAUGGUGGAGAGAAAACGAAGAAAACGGAGCGGAUGAAGUUUCCGACAAACCCAAGUUCGAGAUUCCCCUGAAACGGAAGAGAUCAGAAGAAGAAGAAGAAGAAGAAGAUGAAGAAGAUGGUCAUGAGGUUCGUCCAGAAGUGGACGAUGGCGGCGACGGAUUCAAGACGCCGACUCGGCCGGAAAACAGAGUACCGGAGAUCGGAGAAUGUCCGGCGGCGCCGAUGAAAGACAGACCGGGGCUAUCCGCUUUUUCAGUUAUUAAAAGAGGAUCUUGCCGGAGACGCCUUGAGUUUCUGCCGGAAGAUAUGAUCGGCUCUUUUUUCACAGAUUUGCAAAAGACCGCGACGAAGAGGAUGACAGUAGAAGCAGACGACGGAGAUACAAUCGUACGAGUUUGA